AUGCUAAUAUCACGAUCAUUCGCAACCGCACUUAUCGUAAUGCAAGCUGCGUUUUUAUUUUUGAUACUGAUAGGAGUAUGGAAACAAAGUUACAAUCAACCAUGCCCUAAUAAUCUACCCCAGCAAGAAAAGUCAAUUAGAGAAGUGCAUCCUGAAUCUGUUUCACAAAAUAAUUUGAUUGUUGGUGUUGCACUUUCAUUGCCGAUCACAGUAGUUUCGCAUUUCGUUCAAUCGGCGCGUUUAACAUGUAGAUCGUGCACGAUCUCAUUAUUUAUUUACAAGCACGAGUCCGAAAGUCGGGAUUUUGUUGAUCUGGCUCAUAUCUACGAUAUACAAUGGCUUGUUUAUGAAGAAUUUGAUGUAAGCGCAAAAUAUUCUGAACCAAGCAAUAUCAUACGUAAAAUACGAUGGUUGUUAUUUAAUACCUAUUUUAAUAAUCUUGUGAAACAGGAUGUCUCUAUUAUUGAUGUCUUUAUUACUGAUGUAGCUGGUGUCACUUUUCAAACGAACAUCUUUGCGCAUACAGAAACCUAUGGCAAAGGUCUUUGUAUCUUCAAUGAAAAUCCACCAGUUCUUGUAGGUACAACAUCUGCAUAUCGUGAAUCAUUAAUCGGAUGUUUUGAUGUGAACAUUGCCGAGAAACUUGCAAAUAAAAACAGUUUUAGCCCGAGUGCGAUAGUUGGCUCAUGGGAAAGUAUUAAAUCCUACGUGGCUACUAUAUCCAAUUUGAUAGUAAAUCAUGAAGAAAGUCCCUGCAGCACGUUUUUAUAUGAUAAUCAUUUUCACUUUUAUGCGAUUUAUGUUACUGAUGUAUCCAGUCGAACAACGAUCUAUCAGAUUCCUCAAGAAACUAGUUUUAUUGCUUUGAGAGCUGAUGAAAGUACUUUUGUUCGUAAUGGCUUUGGAUUGGCAUUGAAUUCGAAUGGAACUAUAUUUGCUGUUAUUCACGGUCAAAAUCCGAACAAAGAAACUUGA